AUGGUUCAGGUUACUCAGCAACGCUACGACUCAUGUGAUGAGACAUCUUCUGCACAGAUCUCAACCAUCACAACCCGUUCUCACCACCUACAACAACUCCACCCAGUGACCGUUAUCCUGCCUCCAUCACUCCAUGAACUCACCAUCAAGGCUAUGUCCACCGACGCCAUCCUCGACCCCAUGUCUGAUGCAACAUUCAUCGUCUUUGUCCUAGGCCUCAUCCACUUCACCAGAGGCGCCACAGAGCACUGGCUCCGUCGGCACGUUUUCCACAAUCGCGUCUGGUCUGGGGUUUCCCUGUCGGUGUUCUCCAUCUUCCUAAUCACACUCAUCGUGUACGGCUACAUGAUCUACAUGCUGGAUUGGAAUUUUGAUGACAACCUCGCUGCGGAGGAUGGGAUCGGUGAGCGACAGCCGUUCACUGCUCGACUGAGUGCGCUACAGGGCCUGCACGAGAUAUUCUUCCGCGGCUAUAUCUCGGAUGUCGACAUGAUGCUCUGGUUGCAGGAUCGUGGAAAUCGGUAUGAGCUGGCACUCAUCUGGUUUGCCUGGAUGUACAUCGCCAUGUUUAUCUGGCUCCUGGCCCGCGAGGGUUUCUUUCUCUAG